GGAUGCACCAGGAAAACUACGAUUCCCAGAUCCACUGUCUUUCCUGCAUGACGUCAUGUUGCACGGAUGAAAACAGUCGAUACUAUUUAUUUCAAUGCAAAAGACAGAUUGCGUUUACAAGAUUGAUAGAUAUCUGUGCUAAAAAGAAAGCACCAUCUGCGCGCAGCUGUAAUACAUUAUCAGAUCAAUGGCGUUAUCAGAGUGGCGUCUGUCUUUAAAGCUGGUGGAUCAACCAUCUCUUCCCAAGUCAGUGCUGCAGUUUCCAGAGACUGAACCUGGAGAUGUUCCUCCCGGCGAGUAUCGAGUUUCCACUCUCAAGCAGUUGGUGUCGGCACAGAUCCCAGAUGCCAUACCAGAUCCUGAGCUCAUAGAAUUAGUGUACUGUGGUAGAAAGUUAAAGGAUGACUUGACUCUGGAGUCCUAUGGGAUUCAGUCUGGAUCCACUGUGCACAUCCUGAGAAAGUCAUGGCCAGAACCCGUGAUCCAUCCCGAGCCAGUGGACAAGGUUGCAGCAGCGAGGGAGUUUCGAGUCUUGCAAGCAGCUCUUCACACCAGCACUGCUUACAGAGAUUCGGUGUUUAAGAUGCUAAACAACAAGGAAUCCCUCGACCAGAUCAUCGUGGCAACACCUGGGCUGAGCAGCGAUCCUGUGGCUCUAGGAGUUCUUCAAGACAAAGACCUCUUCAUACAAUUCACAGACCCAAGCAUGCUUGACACAUUGGCCAAUUCCCACCCGGCACUGGUAAAUGCCAUCAUCCUGGUGUUGCACUCGGUGGCUGGCAGCGUGCCGCCCCAGCAGAGUGCCAGCUCCUCCAGAAAUGUAUCUUCAAGCUCUUACAGUGACAUGCCAGGAGGUUUCCUCUUUGAAGGCAUGUCUGAUGAUGAAGAAGAUUUCCAGUCGGUGAAUCGUGGUGGGCCGUCCACACUUGCUAGCGGUUUUGCCGGCAUGAGGCCAGCUACGCUCGGUUACAACGGAGCCGUGGGCCCCAGACCCAUCACUCAAAGUGAGCUGGCCACAGCUUUAGCCCUCGCCAGCACCCCCGAGAGCAGUGCUGUUACACCAACUACAGGAAACCAGGGUCCCUCUUCAGGAGUGUCCCCUAUCCCUGCAGGCACUCCUAUAACCAACGACUUGUUUAACCAGGCACUGCAGCAGGCCCUGCAGGUCUCCAGCAUGUCCAGCUUACAUAAUCAGUGGCAGUCGCAGCUCCAGCAGCUGCGGGACAUGGGCAUCCGUGAUGAGGAGCUCAUCCUGAGAGCCCUGCAGGCCACGGGCGGAGACAUCCAAGCUGCCCUGGAGCUCAUAUUCGCUGGAGGCGCACCAUGAAUCAGUUCUUUUAAGCUAAACAUUCUAAUGAUGUUACAACCAAGGGUCCCUGCAAUCAAAGGCAGAUUUACCACUAUAUAUUCAAUGUUUUAACUACCUGUGAUAUAUCUUUAACUUAUAUUUAAGUUGUACUUUUCAAUAUGUACAUUGAAUGCGGUGCUAUCAGCUGACUUUUUUCUCAGAUAAUAGAUAUAAUUCUGACUUUUUUUCUCACAAGAGUGAGUUUAUAUCUCACAAUUCUGAGAAAAAAAGUAAUAAUUGCGAGGGGAAAAAAGUCUGAAUCUUGAGGGGAAAAAAGUCGCAAUUACCUUCUUUUUUUUUUUUGUUUAUUCCGUGGCAGAAUCAAGCUUCCAUAUUUGAGGGCCCACGCUACAAUAUAUCAUAUUUGUACACUCCUGCGGUGUUAACUGUUAAUGUACUGUGUUUGUUCAGCUAUUAUCCUGGCAAAUAUUGAUAGCUAAAUGCUAAAUUUUGCCUGUUCAGACAAUCAUUGUUAUGUUUUGAUUUGUCAUUUAUUAAAAUGUUCCAUGAAUACCAAAAAA